AUGGUGGCAUUUUAUAUUGUUACAAAAGGUGAACAUCCCUUUGGAGCAAAACCAGAUCGACUUCGCAACUUACUUGAUGGCAGGCCGGUUGGUUUGAAGGCGUUGAAAGAUCGGGUCUUAAAGGAUUUAUUAUCCUGGAUGCUAAGCCACGACCCCAAAGAUAGACCGUCGGCUGAACAAGCGUUGAAACACCCUUAUCUUCAGCCCGCGGAACAGCAGUUUGAAAUGUUGUGCAAAAUGGGAAACCAAUCUGAGAUCAAGACAGGGAAUUUGAAAUCAGAUGUCGUGCGAUUGUUGAACAGCGAUCCCAAAGAUUGGAGAUCUCAGAUGAAUGCCGAUGUUCUGCAGUAUUUAAGCACUGAUCCCUUGAAGGGGAAAACAUUUCAUUAUAGGCCGUCGUGGACGGACUGUUUGCGACUUAUCCGAAAUGUCAAGGAACACUGGCAGGACCGUCCAAGGCCACGACCCGAACUAUUCUAUGUAGUGGACGAUCCCGAAGAGUACUUUCUUAACCUCUUCCCCAACCUUCCUGUCGAGGUUCACAGAAUUAUCAGGUCAUGUGAUUGGAAAGAACGACCUGACCUUAAGGAGUACUUCAUAUAA